CUUCCACCUGAUUAAAGAGCCUCCAACGUUCCCCAGCAGCCAACUUUUUUAUUACGCGCCGAAGGCGGAUAAAGGCAAAAGUAAUACUUUUUAAAAUAAACAGGAUUUUCAGUUUUUUACUUUUCCACUGUUUUGUCCCUCUCAGGACAGAUUCGUCGGGAAAAAGAGGCUCGGUCGCGGCGGCUCCUCUCAUCACCAGGAAAGAUGUCUGUCACUUCCUUCGUCGGCCGAGUACUCUUCGCUUCCAUCUUCCUCCUUUCUGCCUGGCAAGAGUUCAGUGAUUAUGGCACCGAUGGAGGGUCGGCAGCAAAGACUUUGGCGCCCAAGCUACAGGUCUUCUCGAAGCACGUGGCGGAGCGGACAGGGUUUGAAGUUCCUGAAUUCGAUAUUAAGGCUGCAGUUGCAGCUGCUGUGGCCAUGAAAGGAGUCGGUGGCCUCCUUUUCAUCGCUGGCAGCUCCCUCGGAGCUUAUCUUCUGCUUCUGCACCAGCUGAUUUUCAUCCCCAUAUUGCACGACUUCUACAACUAUGAUCCAAGCAAGCAGGAGUUCAACCCCAUCUUCAUCAAGUUCACUCAGGUCAGUUCUGGCUCCCAUCACCUUCUCUCUCUCGUCAUCGAAACUGUCUGUGAUGCAUGUAUGUGAUAUCAUCGUGUAUUUAUUUUCAUACCCCAAUGAUUUGAUGAUUUUGCUGCUGUAGAACUUGGCGCUGUUCGGAGGCCUGCUCUUCUUCAUCGGCAUGAAGAACUCCAUUCCCAGGAGGCAAUUGAAGAAGAAGCCGCACAAGAAGCAGCUAUGAGAAACAGACAUUUUCGGGGGUUGGGAGUCACCUACAAACGUGGAAUUUGUCCUAGUGUUUUUUGUAUGAAUGUAUCAGAAUCUUGACGUUUAGAGGAUAGGUAAACGCAGAUAGAAGAGCAAGAAGAAUGGUAUAGGAACAUGUCUUUUAGCUUUGUUAGUUCGACCGUUUCAUAGUUUCUUUACAGUUCGAACUCAAAAUCCUCUACCUUUUUCUAAGACAAUACAUGUUGAAAACGUCGUUUAGUCAUUGCAUGCGGCGUCAUGGAUGCUCAAGAUCUGUUACAGUUAGCUGAAAAAAUCUAUCAGGGCCUCAAAUCUAACUGGUUGAGACAGGUUCAUCGAAGAUUGUGUCGGCUCAAUAUAUUUUCAAGUUC